AAUUGCAAGCAAGACAUCUGCCCUGAACCCUGUCCAGUGGAACCACAAUGUUGCGAGAUUCCAUGUUGCGAGCCUCCAAAGUGUGAGCCCCAAUGUUGCGAGACUCCAAAAUGUGAGCCUGAGUGUUGCGAGACACCAUGUGAUCCUUGUCCACCACCAUGUCCACAAGAUCCCUGCUGCCCCGAUAUAAAAGAUUGUAUGCUCAAGGUAGUGGAAUUCCUAACUUGUAAAGCGGCUGCUUGCCCACAGCCGUGUGUGGAGGAGCCACAAUGCUGCGAGACUCCAUGCUGUGAGCCUCAAUGCUGUGAGACUCCACAAUGUGAGCCCCAAUGUUGUGAGACACCAUGUGAUCCUUGUCCACAACCAUGUCCACAAGAUCCCUGCUGCCCCGAUAUAAAAGAAUGCAUGCUCAAGGUGGUUGAAUUCUUGACUUGCAAGGCAGCUGCCUGCCCAAAAACGUGUGUGGAGGAGCCCCAAUGCUGCGAGACUCCGUGCUGUGAGGCUCCAAAAUGUGAGCCUCAAUGUUGCGAGACACCAUGCGAUCCUUGUCCACAACCAUGUCCACAAGAUCCCUGCUGCCCGGAUAUAAAAGAAUGCAUGCUCAAGGUGUUGGAUUUCUUAACUUGUAAAGCGGCUGCCUGUCCACAACCAUGUGUAGAGGAGCCACAAUGCUGCGAGACUCCAUGCUGUGAGCCUCAAUGCUGUGAGACUCCACAAUGUGAGCCCCAAUGUUGCGAGACACCAUGUGAUCCUUGUCCACCACCAUGUCCACAAGAUCCCUGCUGCCCCGAUAUAAAAGAAUGCAUGCUCAAGGUGUUGGAUUUCUUAACUUGUAAAGCGGCUGCCUGUCCACAACCAUGUGUAGAGGAGCCACAAUGCUGCGAGACUCCAUGCUGUGAGCCUCAAUGCUGUGAGACUCCACAAUGUGAGCCCCAAUGUUGCGAUUCACCAUGUGAUCCUUGUCCACAACCAUGUCCACAAGAUCCCUGCUGCCCCGAUAUAAAAGAAUGCAUGCUCAAGGUGGUUGAAUUCUUGACUUGCAAAGCAGCUGCCUGCCCAAAACCGUGUGUGGAGGAACCCCAAUGCUGCGAGACUCCGUGCUGUGAGCCUCAAUGCUGUGAGACUCCAAAAUGUGAGCCUCAGUGUUGCGAGACACCAUGUGAUCCCUGUCCACCACCAUGUCCACAGGAUCCCUGCUGCCCAGACAUAAAAGAAUGUAUGCUCAAGGUGGUGGAAUUCUUGACUUGCAAAGCAGCUGCCUGCCCACAACCGUGUGUGGAGGAGGCACAAUGCUGUGAGCCACAAUGUGAUCCUUGUCCACCACCAUGUCCACAAGAUCCCUGCUGCCCCGAUAUAAAAGAUUGCAUGCUCAAGGUGUUAGAUUUCUUAACAUGCAAAGCGGCUGCCUGUCCACAACCGUGUGUGGAGGAGCCACAAUGCUGCGAGACUCCGUGCUGUGAGCCUCAAUGUUGUGAGACACCAUGUGAUCCUUGUCCACCACCAUGUCCACAAGACCCCUGUAGCCCAGAAAUAAAAAAUUGUAUGCUCAAGGUGGUGGAAUUCUUAACAUGCAAAGCGGCUGCCUGCCCAGAACCAUGUGUGGAGGAGCCACAAUGCUGCGAGACUCCGUGCUGUGAGCCUCAAUGUUGUGAGACACCAUGCGAUCCUUGUCCACCACCAUGUCCACAAGAUCCCUGCUGCCCCGAUAUAAAAGAUUGCAUGCUCAAGGUGUUAGAUUUCUUAACAUGCAAAGCGGCUGCCUGUCCACAACCGUGUGUGGAGGAGCCACAAUGCUGCGAGACUCCGUGCUGUGAGCCUCAAUGUUGUGAGACACCAUGUGACCCCUGUCAACCCGCAUGUCCACAAGAUCCCUGUAGCCCCGAUAUAAAAGAGUGUAUGAUCAAGGUGAUGGAUUUCUUAACUUGCAAAUCCGCCGCCUGCCCCAAACCUUGCAAAACGGAGACUAAAUGCUGCGUGAAGCCAUGUGAGCCAUGUAAACCAGCAUGUCCACAAGACACCUGCUGCGAUAUUAAAGAUUGCUUUCUCAAGUUGGCAGAUUAUUUAAACUGCAAAUAUCCGGACUGUCCGAAAAAAUGUGAAAAAAAAACAUGCUACUCAGCAAAACCCGUUUGCAAGCCAUGCCCACAGCCUUGUGAAAAUCCUUGCGAUGACUUAUCUCCGUGUCUCCUCAAAAUUGCCAACGCGCUUCGCCAAUGCUGCGGAUCCAAGCCACAAUCUAAUCCAUGCUCCCGAGCUACAAAGUCUACAAGGCAUACGAAGUCAACCAGAUCAACGUGUGUGCCCACACAAGUUAUUCUGAAACCUCUGGUUUUCAAGCCAGUUGCAACGACACAAACUAAGUGCAGAGUACCGUCAACGAAAAAAUGCCCCAAACCAACUCAAUCGGCUGUAUGCAACAACCCCUGCAAGCCAAUCAAGCGAGUCAAAUCUACCAAAAAGUCAACAAGGCCAACAGUAAAGGCAUCGUUCGCAAAACCAGUGAUUCUGCCUACAGGACCGGAAUCCCGUCCUUACCUCAUGCGCCUCAUUCAGAAAGUUGAUCCUGAGCUAGCUGUUUGCCUCAACAAUUCCUUAUGA